GUCCAUGACUCUGGUUGCCUGGCCUUUGGUCAUCUUCAUCCUCAUCGCUGUGACUCGUGUCCAUUUCCCUGCGAUUGUAAAAGACACAUGUUAUGUCGGACCCCGGAACCUACCAAGCACAGGCUUCUUCCCUUUCCUGCAGACCCUCCUCUGCAACACAGACAGCAAAUGUCACAACACGUCUCGCCUGGUGGACUCAACUGCAUCAAAGUCACCAAGAGAUCGAAGGUCUGCUCCUUUACCAAAGACAUCUCCAUUGGCAGAUCUGUUGCAAGGGAAGGAUUUUUUCAGCCAGACUUUCCCUACUGACCCUCAAAGUGACACUGCAGCAUUGGUUAAGUUCCUGGAAAACAUUAUUGGUUCAUCUAACAGAGAUAACUAUACAAAUGUUUUUCCCAUGAAUGCCCUCAACACUUCUCUGUACGAUCAGGAUCAGGCCACCUUCCCAGACACUGGUGACUUACUCUACCAAGUGCAUCCAGUGUUUGAAGGAAGCAUUGAAGUGAUCCGGUAUAUCCAGAACUGGCCUGGACAAGAUGUUUCGAUAACACUUGGAGACAUUGUCACAUUAAGGAAUGACUCAGUUAGAGACAUUGUGAAGCAAAUUCUACAGGAGGUUCACAUACCACUGCACCAGGCUCUAGGGCUGAUGUGGGACAAAGAUAUGGUGAGCUCUUACUUGUGUGGCAACAGCAACAACACGAUGUGGCUAACAGCAGCAUGCAGCACUGGCACCGUGGACAUGCUUCUGAGGUGGAUUUGUCCUGACAAGGUGGCAAAAGAGGUUUUCCUGGCAUGGACUAAGCAUGUGGCAGCAGAUGAUGUGUCCUUUGUGAGAGAACUGGUUCAAAAUCUGAUGGGGGAUUCAACCUCAGGAAAUCAGGGAGUUUCCAGGUCAAGGCGAAGCUUUGAUACAGAGCAACAAAGCAAUGAGGCGGAGCUGUUUAUGGGAGUCAGUCAAGCAUUGCUGGAGAUCACAAAAAUUGAUCCUGAGGUGGAGAUGGUUGGUCAGAGAGUGUUCAAAACCAGUUUCCAGUCCAUGAAGGCAGCCAGGGUGACACUAGUCACUGUAACAAAAGUGAUGAGCCAUAUCCUGGAAGACACAGAAAAUCUUCAAAUGACGUAUCAGAUGUUGAUGACAAACCAGUCUGAGGCAGCAGCUUGGUUUAGCCGUGUAAUGGACAGUGUGGUGGAAGUCUUUGAGGAGGCAAUGGAAAGUGAAGAAUGUGAGGAACUUCUUGAGCCCUUCGAGUGGCUGUUGUCCUCCGAGACAGUAAAUGUGGAAGUGUGGAGAUCUGUGUUGUGCCAAAACAUCUCUGCACUGAAGGAAGCUUUGCCGAUGGACUGGAAUCUUGUGCAAGAAGUGUACUACGUCCUCACAGGUCAAGCAGACUUUAACCUGACACUUCCCAUAAUGCUCUCUGAAUGGAACAACUUGUACAAUGCCAGCAUGCAAUUUGGAGAAUUUUUGGAGAGACUGAUAAGCCAGCUGGGUGAAGACUCCUGGAUGAACUGGAUCCCUGGCCACUACACACAUAACAUCAUGGAAACUCUUCAACAAAGUCUCUCCAUGUCAAUGGGAAACUUGGGGGAAAAGCUUGAGGAGAGUGAUAUGUGGCCUGGCAUGAAGAAUUACUUCCACAUCAUGUACUGGAUUUUGAACUACAGACCUGGUUUUGAAAAAGAUCCACCAAACUGCUUUGUUAAUGGCAACUCAAUGGUCUUUCAUUGUGACACUGGUUUGGACUGGCCAGAGUUUGUUAAAGCAGUAACAGAGGUUGUGAUGUCACCAAGCGAAGAUGUCCUGGCGAAUGCCAUAAGAGGAACAGUCAGUCUGCUGCAGCAUGUGUAUGGGGAAAUCUACAAAAAUCUGACAGCCACAUAUUUAAACCAAGAGCUUGAAGGAGGGGAUGCACUCUCUGCCUAUCUGAUUAAGCUGAUUCUGAACUUGGAUGGCUUUCUCCAGACAGUUACUGUUCUGCCUGAUCGAAACAUCUCAGAUCCUGCAGUCAUUGGUCCGCUCAUCAGCGAUUUGUUAGAAUCUGCAGGUCUUAAACCACUCCAGCCUCUGCUCUUCAAUGGUGGUCCAGUUAAUGAAUCCACAGUGCUCGAUGCAGUCUUACAGAUAAUCAGGCACAACCAGCACAUAUUUACCAUUGGCGAUACAGGCUCUGCAAUGAAGGAUUACUUCUACAUCAUUAACUGGAUUUUGAACUACAGACCUGGUUUUGAAAAAGAUCCACCAAACUGCUUUGUUGAUGUCCACUCAAUGGUCCUUCAUUGUGACACUGGUUUGGAGUGGCCAGAGUUUGUUAAAGCAGUAACAGAGGUUGUGAUGUCACCAAGUGAAGAUGUCCUGGCGAAUGCCAUAAGAGGAACAGUCAGUUUGCUGCAGCAUGUGUAUGGGGAAAUCUACAAAAAUCUGACAGCCACAGAUUUAAACCAAGAGCUUGAAGGAGGGGAUGCACUCUCUGCCUAUCUGAUUAAGCUGAUUCUGAACUUGGAUGGCUUUCUCCAGACAGUUACUGUUCUGCCUGAUCGAAACAUCUCAGAUCCUGCAGUCAUUGGUCCGCUCAUCAGCGAUUUGUUAGAAUCUGCAGGUCUUAAACCACUCCAGCCUCUGCUCUUCAAUGGUGGUCCAGUUAAUGAAUCCACAGUGCUCGAUGCAGUCUUACAGAUAAUCAGGCACAACCAGCACAUAUUUACCAUUGGCGAUACAGGCUCUGCAAUGAAGGAUUACUUCUACAUCAUUAACUGGAUUUUGAACUACAGACCUGGUUUUGAAAAAGAUCCACCAAACUGCUUUGUUGAUGUCCACUCAAUGGUCCUUCAUUGUGACACUGGUUUGGAGUGGCCAGAGUUUGUUAAAGCAGUAACAGAGGUUGUGAUGUCACCAAGUGAAGAUGUCCUGGCGAAUGCCAUAAGAGGAACAGUCAGUUUGCUGCAGCAUGUGUAUGGGGAAAUCUACAAAAAUCUGACAGCCACAGAUUUAAACCAAGAGCUUGAAGGAGGGGAUGCACUCUCUGCCUAUCUGAUUAAGCUGAUUCUGAACUUGGAUGGCUUUCUCCAGACAGUUACUGUUCUGCCUGAUCGAAACAUCUCAGAUCCUGCAGUCAUUGGUCCGCUCAUCAGCGAUUUGUUAGAAUCUGCAGGUCUUAAACCACUCCAGCCUCUGCUCUUCAAUGGUGGUCCAGUUAAUGAAUCCACAGUGCUCGAUGCAGUCUUACAGAUAAUCAGGCACAACCAGCACAUAUUUACCAUUGGCGAUACAGGCUCUGCAAUGAAGGAUUACUUCUACAUCAUUAACUGGAUUUUGAACUACAGACCUGGUUUUGAAAAAGAUCCACCAAACUGCUUUGUUGAUGUCCACUCAAUGGUCCUUCAUUGUGACACUGGUUUGGACUGGCCAGAGUUUGUUAAAGCAGUAACAGAGGUUGUGAUGUCACCAAGCGAAGAUGUCCUGGCGAAUGCCAUAAGAGGAACAGUCAGUUUGCUGCAGCAUGUGUAUGGGGAAAUCUACAAAAAUCUGACAGCCACAGAUUUAAACCAAGAGCUUGAAGGAGGGGAUGCACUCUCUGCCUAUCUGAUUAAGCUGAUUCUGAACUUGGAUGGCUUUCUCCAGACAGUUACUGUUCUGCCUGAUCGAAACAUCUCAGAUCCUGCAGUCAUUGGUCCGCUCAUCAGCGAUUUGUUAGAAUCUGCAGGUCUUAAACCACUCCAGCCUCUGCUCUUCAAUGGUGGUCCAGUUAAUGAAUCCACAGUGCUCGAUGCAGUCUUACAGAUAAUCAGGCACAACCAGCACAUAUUUACCAUUGGCGAUACAGGCUCUGCAAUGAAGGAUUACUUCUACAUCAUUAACUGGAUUUUGAACUACAGACCUGGUUUUGAAAAAGAUCCACCAAACUGCUUUGUUGAUGUCCACUCAAUGGUCCUUCAUUGUGACACUGGUCUUGAGUGGCCAGAGUUUGUUAAAGCAGUAACAGAUGUUGUGAUGUCACCAAGUGAAGAUCUCCUGGCGAAUGCCAUAAGAGGAACAGUCAGUCUGCUGCAGCAUGUGUAUGGGGAAAUCUACAAAAAUCUGACAGCCACAUAUUUAAACCAAGAGCUUGAAGGAGGGGAUGCACUCUCUGCCUAUCUGAUUAAGCUGAUUUUGAACUUGGAUGGCUUUCUCCAGACAGUUACUGUUCUGCCUGAUCGAAACAUCUCAGACCCUGCAGUCAUUGGUCCGCUCAUCAGCAAUUUGUUAGAAUCUGCAGGUCUUAAACCACUCCAGCCUCUGCUCUUCAAUGGUGGUCCAGUUAAUGAAUCCACAGUGCUCGAUGCAGUCUUACAGAUAAUCAGGCACAACCAGCAGAUAUUUACCAUUGGCGAUACAGGCUCUGCAAUGAAACGACUGGAGCAGUUGAUCAUGGAGUUCCUAUCCUUAGAGAGGAAUUUAACGCUUUCCUUCUCCCACAUUCUGAAACACAGUCUGCUGACAUACUCACUUUCCAUCAACCCUAAAGAGAUGGCUUCUCUCAAAGAAACACUUAAUCAUUUUACCAACCAGACCUUUGAUGAAGCAAUCCUUGAUGCCAUGCAGCUUCUGAAAACACUAAUUGAUUCUCUAGAUGGUGACCCAACCAAUAUAAUUCUAGGGUACCUACAACAGCUUCAAAAGUUUGUAACUUCUCUUUUCAGGCUGCAGAAAAUUAAGCAUCUUAUGACAUCCAAUGGUCAAUUCACUCCUGUUGAAGUCGCUGACCUUCAGGCAGCCUCCGUGGACUUUCUUAACCUGCUCGACCCUGAGAAACUGCAGAGUCUCAUUCAUGAUGGACCAGAUGUUGCCCAAGACCUUAUCAUUCAGACGUUAGUGGCAUUCCUGCCACCCGAUGUCCAGAAAAAUGCUACUAACUUUCUGCAGGAUUUUAAAGCUCUGCAGGAUGAGAUAACCCAAUGUGUAGAAGGCAAGAACUGCCAACAAGGAAUUUCGGAAAUCUUUACUUUACUGGAUCAGAUAAUAGAAUUUAUGCUAGCAGCCAGUGGAAAUAUCACAAUCACAAUUACGCCAACUAACACUGUCCCCUGGAGCCAGGAGCAUGAGGAACUUUUAACAGCAUUCUUCUCACUCAUGUUGCCACCAAAUGAUGCAGCCUAUGUAGAAACAUUCAAACAGACCCUUUCUUUCAUGAAAUUGGUCGUAGAAAUUCAAAACGUCACAACAUCUAAUGUCCAGAGUGCCCUAAAGCAGUCAAACCUAACCAUUUUGAAACUGGAUGAACUUUCAACACUUGCUGGAGCUUCCAGCCUGAAUGAUCUGAUAGUAAAGAUGUUAGAGAUUUCCACUGACAUUGACAAAAGGUGUUCUGGACCUAAGAGUAACAUGACAAUGACAUCAGACUGUGUUCUGGGAUUGAUAAAUGCCGUUAGCAGCUAUAUGACUAACAUACCAGCUCUCCAAAAUGAAACAAGCCUCCUCUCUUUCAUCUCAGUUAUUGUCAAUGAAACUCUCAGUGAUUUUAAUCAAGUGGACUUCAGCUCUGAUCCUGACAUGGCUGUCAUGCAAACCUUGGAAGCCAUCUUGACCAAUAUCAAGAUGAUACUUCAGCUGAACCAACAGAACAGUUCGGAUAUCACGAAUGAAAUCACAAUGGUGGAGCAUCUAAUACAGCUGGUCACUGAUAUGGAACCAUUCAGCUGCUUAAAUACCACCUUGAUAGAGGACCCAGUUCAUGGACAGAAGGUCUUUCUGGAGCUUGUGGACUGGUAUUUGACAAGGCUGGAAAUGAUCACCAGCAACAGUUCAAUUUCAGAGUUCCUAUAUGACUUUUUCUACAUCACAAGGAUGCAAGUGGCAGCCCAGCUGGCUCAAAUUGAAUUCUCCAUGUUUGUCAGUGAGAAGAUAGAGUUCCUGCUGGACAGACUCGAGUACCCAUUGAAUGGCACAGACAUAAGUGUAAUUGGACAGACAACAAUCGAGAUCAUUCAGCAUCUAUUGGUCUAUAUAAACAACACCAUGGAGCUUCCGGAUAACAUUACAGGUUUGGAACAGCUGCAGUCCAUUCAGGUCCAAAUCAAACUCUACCUUGACCUUGUUGAGGAUUGGAUAAAACAGCCAAAUGUCCAGUUGCUCCUUACUAGUAUGCUCCAAUGGGGAAACUCCUCUAUGAUGUUGUCAACUCCUGUGAGAGACCUAAAUCUUCUGCUGCAGACGAUGGUGAAUUUGCUCAAUGAGGAUCAGAUUGCAUACCUCCUGAUGAUAAAUAACAUAACAGAAUCUCUCAGCAAUGCUAUAAAUGAGACAGAGCAACCAGGUGGCUUACAGAGCGAACAGUUUGUAACUGCAAUCCUAACUGCCCUCCACAGAGCCAUGCAGAUCCCGAACCCAAUCAUGGCUCACCUUUCAUCCGCUUUGCAGCAGGAUAUUCUGGGAAUUGUGCAAGGUUCCCUAACUCUUAUUGUUAGUGAAGAUAUGAGUUUUGCUGCAUCACAGCACAUCUCCAUAGUCAUCCUGGAGAGAGUUGAGAAAGUUAUCCAAGAAAUAAUACCAGAAUGCUAUGCUGAAUACCUGCUGCCAAUGAUCAAACUACUCACCACAUACUUUGAGAGCACAUCUACAAGCAGCGGGCCAAAUCAAUGGAAUCAAAUAAUUUUGAAUGAGAUGAAGGCAAUCCAGAACCUUCUGCCUCCAAACUACACAGCACAGUACUACAUCUCUGUCAUCAUUGAGAUCACAGACUUCAUCUUGAACAAUGGCCAAGGCAACAUGAGUCUCUGGGAAAGUUUUGAGGGUGCAACAAUGGAAAGUUUACCAGAGGUUAUCAGCCAGCUGACCAAACUUGUGGGGAUGUUUGUGCAACUUGUAAUGGAAGGCCCACCUUCUACAUCUUUGGACAAUUUGAGCCUUUUUGUUCCUGUUUUGGAACAGGUGAUAACCGGGAAUGCGGAUCAAGACACAUGGGACAAACUUGAACAGAUGCUGGAAACCCUGCUGUCAGCCUUCGAAGGAGAAGAUCUUUGGAACAACGUCUCAUCUGUCAUGCCUCUUUUUGAAAAACUCACUGAAACUGUGGUGAACAACCUGCAAGCAGAGGAUGAAAUGAUACUAAGCCUCCAGAUGCCCCUGGCAUCCCUGAUGAGAGACAUUGCACUGGCUGUGAACACCAGUCAUCUGAACAUAUCUGAGCUCACAGUGGAAAUGCAGCUUGCCAUUGAAAGGACACUUCAAGCAGCCCAGCAGGCAAGUGGCACAUUGAACUGCAGCAAGGCUCUUAAACCAUGGGAGCCUGUUGGAGAGGCAGCAGGGGUAAACCUUUCCACAUUUUCUGUGUGGUGUGAAACCAGCCUGCAGCCUGUUUUGAAAGCCUAUGCAGCAGUUUUGACUGACUUGUCCCACCUGAACAUGAGUCACAUGGGCAUGGAACCAAUAAGUGUGAGCCUUGCAGCUGGCAGGAUUGUCAAAAUAUUACAGUCUCUCUAUCAUGUCAGCAUUAACCGUACAGAUGUGAUAGAACAGUUCAUCAUGACUCUCUCAGGCCAGCUCCACCAGCUGACAGGCCUGCAUUUGAGCCACGAGGGACAGAAUUACUGGUACAAGCUGCUCCAGGACAUGCAGUUGCAAAGCAGUUUGAUUGGCAUUAAUCAGCUCUCAGAUGAAUUGCUUGAUGUAGCUCCUUUCCUUCAGCCCUACUUUAAAGCUGCAUUCAAGGCAAUGAGCCACAUUCUGGACAAUUACGACCUCAAUGAAAGCAGCAGAUCAUCCCAGGAGCUCAUUGAAGAAGCAGCAAUGAUCUUCCUAACCUCUGCAAACAUCACUUUGAAUGACAUCUUCCCCAUGAUGUCAGGAAAUGCCUCUGGGCUUAAUUUGGACCUUCUUGGUGAAACUAUGGGGGAGAUAAUUAAACUGAUUAUAGAAACACGGGUUUUUGGACAUUCGCCUGAGGUUUACCAGGCCUUGGAGCACCUUCUGGCAACGAACAGCACUUACAUAAUGGUGGAACGUGUGUAUGAGAUGUUCGUGUGGCUGGCCUCAACAGAAGCAUCUGGACUGGAACUGCUGAGCCAGGGUCUUUCCAAAAUGUAUGAAGUCAUCAGGCUUCCGUUAUCUAUUCUGACCAAAUUGAGUAUGGACGUUGAUACAGAAGCAUACGAAGAGCUGUUUGGAAACAUGUUUGCAGCUUUUAACCAAAUUGUGGGCACAAGUGGUCUUUACCCCCCAAUGCUCCAACAUCACUAUGUGUCUUAUUCUGAAAUGUCCGGCAGCCAUCACAUAAUGAGGAACAGGUGGAAACGUGACCUGUCACUGAUGAUGACAAGAGACCCCAUGCAAGACAUAAUUGACUUGUUCCACAUCGACUACCCAGCCAUGUUCAGAGCCAUUUCUGUGCCUCCAACCACAGCGGAAAUCACAGAGACAGCCCAUGUGUUGUUUGCAAAUCCUGAUCUGAAUGUUGUGAUGAAGGGAGCCACAAGCGGCAUGCCAUGGAGCUUCAAUGCUUCACGGGAAGCAACUAUUGAUGCCACCUUUGGGAUGUUCUCCUUAUUUACACAUCCUCAACUGUUUGAGAUGCCAUCAAUGGACAUCCUGACAAAUGCUGCUGAGAUGCUUCCCGAUGGUUUACCAUUUGCCUCCAUGAUAAAAACAUUUAGCAGGGCACUGGCAAGUGAACCUCCAGAGAAUCUGAGAGCCAUGGAGGAAGCCAUCCAAACAGCCAUUGAACUCCUUCAGAUCAGCCCAACUGACCCACAGUUCACAGAUCAACUAAACCAACUGAGAUAUCAGAUGUGUGCUUUGGAGAACGCAGAUUCUGUGGCCCUUCUCCUGCAGCCACUUUCCAUGAAACCUGGAGAUCUCUGUGACACGAUUUUGCCCAGCCUGCAGGCCUUGGCCGAGGCUCAACAGACCAACAUAACCUCUCUGUCAGAAAUCCUCUUCCAGGCCAUAGUCGGAGAUCCCAGAAACUACAACCUUCAGUCAGAUUGGACCACUGUGUUGAGUGAAGUGCUGGGCUUAAACAUCAGCAGUAUGAGCUUGAUCAAUUUUACUGCUCCAGUGGUGACAGUUGGGGAGAUGCUGAGGAAUAAGGAAGCUUUCAUUCAGGCCGUCCAGGAACACAUGAAUAUAGAUCCUGCAGCUCUUCUUAUCCUGAUGGAAACCCCUCUAUUGAACAACACGGAGAUCCUGACUUGGCUGGUGAACCUGCGUUACUGUCCCCCGACUGAAACAAUGAACGUGACAGAUGCAGCCAUUCUGGCAACCUUCUGCUCUAUGUCUGCUGAAGACUGGUACAAACUCUCACUGCUGACGGCUGAACAUGUAAACACGGAGAAGCUCAUUUACAGAAUGGUGUUGACUGAGGAACUUCAGAGCCUGGUUGGAGUCAUGGCUGAGGGGGCAGAGGUUGCAAUGCAAAUGAUGAACAAGAUUCUUCCUACAGUCAGGCAAUUGGAAAGCUACCUGCUCUCCAUCAAAGAUCUCAACCUGGAAUCCAGCAGUGAUGUUACCCAUAUGACAAGAGGGAUGAAAAGCAGCAUCUCCACCAAAGCUACAUUUGUGACCUUGUCCCGUGCUCUGUGUAGUAACGGCAUCAUCGCUCUGUUUGGAAUCUCUAAAAUGCCCGAGCUGUCUGAAUCUGGCCCCACAUUCCCUAGCAACCAAAAGAGAGAGGAGAUGAUUGAGAGGUUCAAGAUCCCACGGGAUGCCUCGCCCUUCUGUAUGAACAUGUACCUGGACAUGGUCAACACCACAGGAGGAGCCAUCGCCUGGGCUUUCCUUAAACCAAUGCUGAUGGGCCAGAUCCUCUUCACACCUGACACACCCGCCACCAGGGCUAUAAUGGAGAAGGCCAAUGCCACCUUGCACGACUUGGCAAAUCUGAAGAAAUCCUCGGAGGACUGGAUCGAAUCCUCAAGUUACCUCAUAAAGUCAGCCGAAUUACUCAGCACCACUUUGCCAAUGCUGAAGAAUUCCCUCAGCAACUCCUUUGUGAAGAAUUUCAUUGAGAUGCAGACAGACAUAAAUGUCGACACCAUAUUGGGGAUGCUCAGCAGCUUCUCUAAUGUUACCGAGAUGCUGCACAAGAACAAGCAAAUACUUGAUCAGAUCAGCACUUUGUCAAAUCUGAUGAUAAAGCUCUCCUCAUGCAUCAAGUUUGACCGUUACCGUGGCUAUGACUCAGCUGACGAGCUCAACACCAUGGCUCAGGAGCUUGCCAAAAACCGUGAGCUCUAUGCAAGUGUCAUCUUCAAGACUGAAGAUUCAUCAAGGAAGCGGGAAGCCAGAUCCUCCCCAUCCUCCUCCUCGACCCAACUGCCUCCCAAAGUCAGCUACACCAUCAGGAUGCACAUGGACAACGUCAUGCGAACAGACAGGGCGCGAAACCCCUACUUUGUGAGGGACAACCACAUCUCGGCCAGCUUUACGAUGCGCUACAACCGAGGGUUCAUCUAUCUGCAAGAGAACAUCGACCGGGCCAUCAUCGAAACCCAGACUGGGCAGAAGGUCACCGAGCCUGCCGUGCAGCUGCAGCCCUUCCCGUAUCCGUGCUAUCUGAGAGACGAGUAUCUGGAGGCCAUCUCUUUUGUCUUCCCUCUCUUGCUGAUGAUACCAUGGGUGUUGUUUGUGGCUGACUUUGUGAAAAAACUAGUGCACGAGAGGGAGCUGAGGCUGCAUCAGUACAUGAAAAUGAUGGGCGUAAAUCCGCUCAGCCAUUUCUUUGCCUGGUUCCUGGAGUGUGCCGCCUUCCUGGUUGUGACCAUCAUUAUCCUCACAUUGGUGCUGAAGUUUGGAAACAUUCUGCCCAAAAGUGACGGCUUCCUCACCUUCCUCUACCUCUGUAACUUUGGAUUGAGCAUCAUUUCCUUUUGCUACCUGAUCAGCUCCUUCUUCGACAAGACCUACAUCGCUGGCCUGAGUGGAAGCCUUAUCUACAUCCUUAGCUUCUUCCCUUUCAUUAUAGUUAUGUCCCUGGAGGCUAAUCUAAAUAUUUCCCAGAAGAACAUUCUGAGUUUGUUUUCGCCGACCUGCUUCAGCUAUGCCAGUCAAUACAUUUCCCGCUACGAGGCGCAAGGAGAAGGAAUUCAGUGGAGCAACUCUUACAGUUCACCCAUGGCUGGAGAUACAGCAACAUUUGGUUGGCUGAACUGGCUCUUGCUCAUCGACUCCCUUCUGUACUUCCUCAUCGGGGCCUACAUUAGAGUUGUUUUCCCAGGAAAAUAUGGCAUCCCAGCUCCAUGGUAUUUCCCCUUCAAACUCUCUUUCUGGGCUGACCUGUGCAGUGGCUUUCAGACAAACAACAAGGCAGGAAAAGGACUCCUGUUUUCCAACAUCAUGCAGAAAAACCAGCCUGUCUUUGCAGAUGGCAAAGGGAAAGGCAAAAGCAGCCUUUCUUACCAGGCUGGGGAGGAUUUCUCUGAGCUCCCAGUGGGAGUUGCACUUCACGGUCUCACUAAGCUGUACGGUGACCAAGCAGCUAUUCAAAACCUUAAUGUCAACUUCCACGAGGGCCAUGUCACCUCACUGCUUGGUCACAAUGGAGCUGGCAAGACCACUACCAUGUCGCUUCUGACUGGCCUUUAUCCUCCAACGUCUGGCUCUAUCGAGGUGUAUGGCAGAGACAUGCAGACAAACAUAGAAAAGGUCCGCAGAGAGCUUGGGGUCUGCAUGCAAUAUGACGUCCUCUUCAACCAUAUGACUGCCAAGGAACACCUGCUGCUGUAUGGCCAGAUCAAGGCUCCACACUGGUCACAAAAAGAACUGCGAGAACAAGUCCGCACGAUCCUGGAGGAGACAGACAUGUACACUCAUAGACACAAGAGGGUCGAUGCCUUGUCAGGUGGAAUGAGGCGCAAGCUCUCAAUCUCCAUCGCCUUCAUCGGAGGCUCUCGCUUGGUGGUUCUGGAUGAGCCUACAACAGGAGUGGAUCCCUGCUCCAGGCGCAGCAUCUGGGACAUUGUUAUCCAGCAUAAGAGCAACCGGACCAUUAUUAUGUCCACCCACCACUUGGACGAGGCUGAAGUGUUGAGCGAUCGGAUCGCCUUCCUGGAGAGAGGUGGAUUGAAAUGCUGUGGAUCACCUUUCUACUUGAAAGACAAGCUGGGUCAAGGCUACAAACUCACCCUCACCAAGAAGGUCCAACGCCCAGAGGGUGAGCACAUUGACAGCGCUGACCUGAAGGCCUUCAUCCAAGCUCAUCUUCCUGAAGCGUGCCUUAAAGAAACCCAGAGGGGUGAUGUGGUCUACUCUCUGCCCCCCUUCACUUCAUCCAACGCCUCAUCAUAUCGCUCCCUCCUGACCGCGCUUGACGCCAACCUGGAUGAUCUUCAGCUUGGGGGCUAUGGUGUAUCUGACACCACACUAGAGGAGAUUUUCCUCCAGUUGACUAAUGGAAGUCCAGGAGGUGAGGACAAACUUCUGUCUAUCUCUGAGACGGUUUCUGAUACUGCAUCUAUCGACAGCUUCCCAUCAGGCACCUGUGACAGCAGCUUUGGCAUUGGUGACAAGAUCAAGCUUACCAGUUCAUCAACUCUAUUGGGCAUGGGCCUGGCCUGGCAGCAGUUGACAGCCAUGCUGAUCAAAAGGUUCCAUCACAGCCGAAGAGACUGGAAGGGCCUGAUCUCUCAGAUCCUGCUUCCUGUUCUCUUUGUGCUGGUUGGUAUGGGUCUUGGCUCCAUCAAGAGCGACGUGCAGCACUAUCCUGAGCUGGUGCUGAGCCCUGCUCUCUACAACGUCGGACCAAGCUAUUCUUUCUUCAGUAACCAGAAUCCCGAAUCCAACCAUCUGGUGGACACCAUGAUGUCAUUCCCUGGGAUCGAUAAUGCCUGCCUCGAUAAGUCUGAUAACCCGGUCUGCACAAGGAGCACAAACAACUGGAGCUCCACGGGGAAUGUCUCCAAACCAUUUAGUGUGUGUAAAUGCACCCAACAGGAACAGAUUUGUGACAAGAACAACUCCCAGCCCCCCUACAAGAAGGUCCCCUCAUCUCAGAUCGUCUAUAAUCUGACUGGCUUCAGUGUGGAGAAUUACCUGGUGGCUACAGCCAAUGACUUCGUCAGGAACAGGUAUGGUGGCUUUACUUUUGGUAUGCCGCUCCCACCUGACUUGCGAAUGGACCUUAAGGCUGUUCCCAAAAACCGCACACUGUCUAAGGUCUGGUUCAACCCCGAGGGCCAUCACACAAUGCCAGCAUACUUAAACAGCCUCAACAACUUGAUCCUGCGUUCCAAUAUUCCAGCAGACAAAGAUCCACAGAAAUAUGCCAUUUCAGUCUCCAGCCAUCCCUACUUUGGCCGGAUGGAUGACGAAGACCAAGUCAUUGAGGGAAUGCUCCAGAUCCUGGUGGCCAUGUGUAUACUGACGGGAUUUUCAAUUACGACAGCCAGUUUUGCCAUCUACAUAGUCAAUGAGCAUCACAGUGGCUUCAAGAGGCUUCAGCACAUUGCCGGCAUCAGUGAGCCCUUCUACUGGGCUGUGAACUUCUUUUAUGACAUGGUCAUAUACUUGAUCCCAGUGACACUGACCAUCUGUGUGAUUGCUGCCUUCCAAAUUCCAGCAUUUACGGAUCGACAAAACUUGAGUGCCGUCAGUCUGCUUUUUGUGCUCUAUGGGUUCGCCACAUUUCCCUGGAUGUAUCUGUUAGCGGGUGUCUUCAAAGAUGUGGAAAAGGCCUUCAUCACUUAUGUGUGCAUCAACCUGUUCAUCAGCGUCAACACCAUCAUGUCCACCUCCAUUCUAUACUUUUUGGGACAAAUAUCAAACCACAACUUUGAGAUCAUCCAGGGGAUCCUGAAGAAGCUGAACUAUGCAUUCCUCAUCUUCCCCCAGUUCAACUUUGGGAACGGACUAAUGCAGCUGGCCAGGACGAACAUCGAGGUCCAGAUUCUCAGUGGCUAUGGAAUCGACUCCUAUAAGAAUCCAUUCUCCACAGAGAGCUUGGGCUGGAUGUUCAUCUCUUCCUUCAUCCAAGGCGUUUUCUUCUUCACCUUGCGCCUCCUACUUAACAGGUCCCUCAUACGCAAAGUCAGGCAUCUUAUUAUGAGAAGAAGGACUGUUAUUUUGCCUCAGGAUAAUCUAGAAGAAGAGGAUGAGGAUGUGGCAACAGAAGAUCUUCGGGUGGCCAGUGGAGCAGCCAGCUCAGACGUUUUGCAGAUCAAACAGCUGACAAAGGUCUAUCAACACCUCAAUAGCGAUGUGCCUGCUGUCAAAAAGCUGUCUGUGGGCAUCCCUGCUGGAGAGUGCUUUGGUCUCCUGGGAGUGAACGGGGCAGGAAAAACAACCACAUUCAAGAUGCUGACUGGAGAUGUUAGCCCCACUGAUGGCUCUGCACAGAUCAGGGACAGGGAGGGGCGCUUGGUAGACAUCAUGGAGUGCCGUGGCAAGGGAAUUAACAUUGGCUACUGUCCCCAGGUGGAUGCACUUGACGAUCUGCUCACUGGAGAAGAACAUUUGUACUUCUAUGCUCGCAUUCGUGGCAUCUCAAAGAGGGAGAUAGCUGGGGUGGUUAACUACCUUCUGAAGAGGCUGGAGCUGAAUUACCACAGAAACGUCGUUACUGAUGGAUACAGCUGUGGAACCCGCAGAAAGCUCUCCACUGCUCUGGCUCUCAUCGGGCAUCCACAAAUCCUGCUCCUGGAUGAGCCAACCUCUGGCAUGGACCCACGCGCCAAACGCCAUCUAUGGAAGAUCAUCUCAGAAGAAGUGAGGGGCAAAAGUGCAGUGGUUCUCACUUCUCACAGCAUGGAGGAGUGUGAGGCGCUCUGCAGUCGUCUUGCCAUCAUGGUGAAAGGUCAGUUCCAAUGCCUGGGCUCCCUGCAGCACAUCAAGAACAGGUUUGGCAGCGGGUUCACUGUGAAGAUGUACUUGGCCGAGCCCUCAUGUGAUGCAGAGGCAAUCACUGCUUUCAUGCAGUGCAGAUUCUCCACUACAUAUCUCAAGGACCAGCACUCUGCCAUGGUGGAAUACCACAUACCAAAUGCUCCUGGAGGGGUUGCUGACAUCUUCAGCCAGCUCGAGUCCAACAAGCAUGCUCUGCGGAUCAAACACUUCUCUGUGAGCCAGACCACACUGGAUGAGGUCUUCAUCAAUUUUGCCAUGGGAAAUAUUGGCAUGGAAACCAUUCCGAUUCACAGUGAAGACGACUUGGAAGACCUGGACUCCAUUAAGGCUGUAAAAACAUAGAACUGACUGAAAUGAAACAAGUUCAUUUACACAUCUUAAAUAUAUAAAUAGUUCUAGUAUGUAUGUGUAAAAGAUUGAUCAAAUGAAGGGUAAAUGACAUUUUUAUCUUUACCAAAUUAAAAUAUUUUUAGAAGCAUUACUUGCACUUUUAAGGACACAUGAACAAAUGAAGUUGAUAAACUGAUCCUGCAGUUGUUCACUGUUUCCUUUCCUUACUUUUGAUUUAAAUGCAAUUUAUUUGCUUUCUUUGUGGUUGGGCAAUUAGAAAUUAUCCAGGUAAUUAUUAUAAGUGUAUUCCUCAAUAUUAUAUCCAGCUGACCAUAAUACUGGUAUACUUUGAUUGUGUCCUAAUUAUUCUCACUCAUCACCAUAUUUUCAAAUGCAGGUACAUAUAAUUGUAAGUACCAGGUGAAACAGAAAAGUAAAUAUCUGUACUUAAUGCUCAAUAGGCAGUUUUCUUCUAAUCCCUAACCAACCUCUAAGGAUACACAUUAUAAUUGGAAUGACUCUACUGAAUAAUAAAUAGUCUCUCUUGCUUUUGGACCAUCUAACUGCAAUCUUGAAUGUAUUAACUUUGGUUUUUGUGAUCAAAAUAAAGCUAUUUUUCAAAUGCUGUUGCGAUAAA